UCCAGUCUUACAAUGUCAUCAAGGGAGUAUUUCACCUACAAAGGAGUAUCCUUUCCACAUGGGGCUGUUACAGCGAAAUCUAUUUUUCAAAUGGAAAAUGAAUUCCAGAUUCUGGAUGAUGAUGUCAUUAUUGUCACUUACCCCAAAUCAGGCACCAUUUGGAUGGCAGAGAUCUUAGGCUUAAUCAAGCAGAAAGGGGACCCCACGUGGAACCACAAUUUGAUAACAUGGAAGCGGUCUCCUUGGAUUGAGAGUAUCACUGGCUUGGAGAAUGCCUUGCUAAAUCCUCCACCCAGAAUAUUAUUAUCUCACCUUCAAUUUCACCUUUUCCCAAAGUCCUUUCUGCAAACCAAAGCCAAGGUGAUCUACAUUUUGCGCAAUCCCAAGGAUGUGCUGGUCUCAUUUUACCAUUUCUCCAUUUUCAUGAAAAUAUUUCCGGAUCCUGGGAGCCUGGAAGAGUUCCUUGAGAAGUUCCUGAGUGGGAAUGUGCACUAUGGUUCCUGGUUCGACCAUGUGAAGGGCUGGAUGGAGAUGAAAGGAAGCCCCAACUUUUUCUUCAUCACUUAUGAAGAACUGCAGCAGGACCUGCGAGGCUGUGUGAAGAAGAUCUGCCACUUCCUUGGGAAGGAGCUCAAUAGCCAGCAAAUUGACUCGGUGGUGGAAUAUGCCACUUUCCAGAAGAUGAAGGAGAACAAGAUGUCCAAUUUCUCCUUGAUGCCCGAUAACAUUGUGGACCACAAGAAAGGGAGGUUUAUGAGGAAAGGGAUCUCCGGGGACUGGAAGAACCACCUGACAGCGGCACAGAAUGAAUACUUUGACCGUGUUUAUCGGGAGAACAUGCAGGGCAUGAAUACGACCUUCCCGUGGGACUGA